AUGGAACAUGCGGAAGAAGGUGCUGGUGUUCGCUCAUUAUCUAGACCAAGUUCUCCUAAGGCUACUCCGCGUCUGGUGCCCUAUCUCAAACCGUGGAAGAUACAGCUUUUUGCGUAUGUCGUCUUGUUUUGUGUAAGCACGUGGGUCGGAGUCCACUACGAGCAGCCUGGGGACGUGCGGUACAGGGAUUCCAUUCAGGAGGCCGUUGCACAUCCUCGAAAACAAGGGUACGGAAAGCAAGAGAAAAUUUUCAUUACCGCCAUGUUCCACGAUAACGAAAAUGUUAUUCCAUACUGGCACGACACUCUCAUCAAAGUCAUUCACUAUCUCGGUCCAGACAACGUGUUCGUCUCUGUCGUUGAGAGUAACAGUACCGAUAGUUCCCCUCAGCUCCUUGAAGCACUAGAUGCAGACCUUGCACUUUUGGGCGUGUCACGGCGCAUACUCACAAGAGAUAAAGCAGUACCAAAGCCCGACGAUUUGGGCGGAAACAAACGCAUUGAAUACCUAUCGGCCACGCGUAAUCGUGCAAUGGAGCCUUUGCUAGUAGGAGGGUAUGAUAGGGUGGUGUUCUCGAAUGACAUAUUUAUCGAGCCCGAGAGCUUUGUCGAGCUGUUAGAAACGAACGAUGGGGACUAUGACAUGGCAUGUGGCUUAGACAUGGGUCAUUUUGGCGCAUAUGAUAUGUGGGUUCUUCGAGAUCGACAGGCAAAGCUAGCCAGUGCAAUCUGGCCAUAUUUCUUCGACGAAGCUGACUAUCAAGCAAUGCAUGCCGGGUCUCCUGUGCCCGUAUUCACCUGCUGGAACGGCAUCGUUGUCUUCACUGCAGAUCCUCUUCUCCCGGUAGCCUUGCGCUCUAAUCGCACGCUUUCCAACGAUCCUCUACCAUACGAAUUGCCGGCAACCCACCCAGCAGCACACAAUGCCUCGAUGCAGGGUCCGAGUCCUGCUCUGACACCCCCAAUACAAUUCCGCGCGUCUGCGCCAGGGGAAUGUUUUUCGUCAGAAAGCGACAGUUUCAAUCUGCAGCGCAUAUAUCUUAACCCAAAGGUGAUCAACGGUUACGACUGGAGGUUUUAUUUCUACUUCAAGUGGUUUAUGCGUCACCCCGUGCUCCGGUGGUGGAUCGAAAAGGUGUACGAUGGUGCAUGGAUGGCAAGAAGUGUGAUGGUCGUAGGCGAUGCAGACAGGGUUUUCUCGUGGGACGGUGGAGACUGUCAUCCAUGGUGGUAG